AUCCGCGUUGCGUUAUGUAAAACGAUAGUUUUGAAACAAACGUUUUUGAUUCACGUGAUUCGGAACCAUUGCCCUUUUUUCGGGCGAAGUCUGACUUCAUGGUACCUAUGUUAUUGUUAUUUCAAGCACUCUUAUAAGGUUUAAGUACUAAGACACACUUUCACUGGAGAUCCUGUUCCUGAAUAGAUGACAGUCGCUGUCCUGUGAGCCACUGUGCAGUGCAGCAGCAUGUUCCAGAAACCAGAUGCCAGUAAGGAUGCGUUCCUGGAGCAGGCGCGGGCGGCGCGCGAGGAGCGCCACAUGCAGCAGCGCCGUGAGCGCGCCGCCGUCCGUGUGCAGGCACUCGUCAGGGGCUUCCUGGCGCGGCGCGGCGCCCGUCGAGAUGUCACCCGCCGGCUGGAGGCGGUGCUGCAGUCGGCGGCCGGCGCCGAGGAGUCGCCGCCGCUGGUCGCCGCUCAGGAGGUGUACCGCUGUGUCAGGGACUACCUGGUCAUCACCGGCGGUCGCGACGGACAGCGCUUCGGACAGAUCUGCAGGUACCUGGUGCACAGCAUGGCCUCGGACUCGCUGAAACUGUGCUACGCGUCCGUGGCGCUGAACCCGCAGCACGCGGUCGGCUGGAUCCGCCAGAUGAGGACGAUCCUGGCACAGUGUCUGACCCGACUGGAGACGCUGCGCCCAGAGACGGCCGGAGACGCGCCGACUGUGACGCUGUACCUGCACAUGCUGCUGACGUUCACGUCGACGUCCAGCUGGCGGCUGCUGACUAACCCCAGCCACGAGAAGCUGAGGCCCGUCAUGGACAAACUGUGCCUGGCCCUGCUGCAGCACGCCAGCGCCGCGCACCUCAUGAGGACGCUGAAGGAGGUGCUGGUGCGCGGGCUGGCCCGCUCUGACACUCAGCCCUCUCCGCCGCCAGGAGGUGCUGGUGAGGUGCUGGUGCGCGGUCUGGCCCGCUCGCGGCCGGUGCUCCGGCACGCCUCUCUCACAGCCUGUAUGACGCUGGCGCUGCGGCCGCUGGUGGCCUCCCAGUUCUCGGCCAAUGACGUCAGCGCCUACCUGAUCAGCGUGCUGAGCGUGCCCGGCCUGGUGUCGCACCUGCAGAGCACGGCCCCGGAGUGUCUGUCGGCCAUCAGCACUCACGGCCUGCUGGCCAAGUGCACGGCCCACCUGCUGGACCAGCAGGCGCUGCGGAUCGUCUUCAACACACUGGAGGGCAACUACGCGCUGUGUCUGCUGGCCAACCUGGUCCACCUGGCGUACCUGCAGGAGCCAGACACCCUGGCCUCCGUGCUCUGCCCCGACCUCAGCCUGGUGCUGACGCGGCUGCUGGAGAGCCUGCAGAAGUACGUGCAGAACAAGCGCUCCAACCUGAGCCAGUGGCACCCGGUGCUGGGCUGGUUCAGUCAGCCGCUCGACCCGCGGCUCACUGAGGCGCUGCCGGCCGUGCGCGCUCAGCUGCAGCUGCUCUGGAGCCGGCCCAUCUCGGCGGCUCUGUUCGCCGGCAUGGAGCGCGCCCCGGCCCCGGCGCCGGCGCCGGCCGGAGCUGCCCAGCCGCCGCCGCCGGACGGCCGGCUGGCCGGCUGGCUGCGCCGCGCCCUGGAGCGCGGCCGGCCCGGCGCGGCCGCCGCCCGCCGGCUGGGCAGCGCCGAGUGCGCGCGCGUGGCGCUCGUCUGCUCCCUGUACCAGACGGCGCUGCAGACGCUCACCCAGCUGCGCUCCGACAUACUCACCAGUCUGUGUUACGGCGGCAGUCUGCUCCCCGACCUGUGGUCGCUGCUGCGCGGCCUGGGCCCCGACUGCGGCCUCCGGCAGUUCGUCGGCCUGCUCGGCUCUCCGGACGGCAGUGCCGCCCCCGAGUUCCACGUCGUCUCCAUGUUCUGCGACUGCAUGGCCAACUACGUGGUUGUCCUGGACGACAUUGAGAUGUACGAGGAGCAGAAGCUGUUCAAGUUGGAGGACUACGUUCAGAUAUCGGGCUUCCUCAACACGUUCGUGUACAAAAUCAUCAGCAACAACCUUAUCGACGCUAAGUCGCUGCCGACCAGCUCCCUGUUCCAGUCUCUGCACGCGCUGCUGCUGCUCCUCUACAAGCGGGACUGCCGCAGACAGUUCGCGCCCAAAAACCACUGGAUCAUCAGGGAGAUCAAGAUCAGCUUCCUCAAUGACGUCGAGAAAAACAAAAAGUGGGCACUGCUGCUGCUGCAGAAGGUGCCGCACGUCCUCCACCACGAGGAGCGCGUCUACCUGUUCCGCCAGGAGGUGUCCAAGGAGCGGCUGGCGCUGGGGCUGACCGAGUCGCCCUUCACCUCGCCCCAGUCCACCCUGAUUACCAUACACAGGUCCCGCCUGCUAGAGGACGGCUACCGCCAGCUGGCGACACUCUCACCGCAGCUGCUCAAAGGCAUCGUCCGCGUCAAGUUCAUCAACGAGCAAGGCCUGGACGAGGCCGGCAUCGACCAGGACGGCGUGUUCAAAGAGUUUCUGGAGGAGACGAUCCGGCGUGUGUUCGACCCGAGUCUGAGCCUGUUCCAGACGACCAGCGAGCAGCGGCUGUACCCGUCGCCGGCCUCGUCCGUUCACCACGACCACCUGCAGCUCCUCGAGUUUGUCGGAAAGAUGCUCGGAAAGGCCGUCUACGAGGGUAUCGUGGUGGACGUGCCUUUCGCGCCGUUCUUCCUUUCUGAGCUACUCGGCCACUCGCACAAGAACCUCUACUGUUCGGUGGACGAGCUGCCCUCGCUGGAUCCGGAGCUCUACAAAAACAUCACCUACAUCAAGCGGUACGACGGCGAUGUGCAGGACCUGGGGCUGACGUUCUCGUACGACCAGGACGUGAUGGGCCAGCUGGUCACUCACGACCUCAUCCCGGGCGGACGCGUCAUACCCGUCACCAACGAGAACAAGAUCCAGUACGUGUACCACCUGGCCCAUUUCCGGAUGCAGACGCAGAUCAAGGAGCAGACGGCGGCGUUCAUCCGCGGCUUCCGCGCGCUGGUCCGGCCGGAGUGGCUGCAGAUGUUCUCACCGCCAGAGCUGCAGCGGCUGAUUGCCGGCGACAACGUGGACCUGGACGUGCGCGAGCUGAGGAAGUACACCCAGUACUACGGCGGCUUCCACGACCGGCACCGCGUGGUCGUCUGGUUCUGGGACGUUCUCGACAAGGACUUCACGCAGGAGGAGAAGAAGAUGUUCCUCAAGUUCGUCACCUCCUGCUCCAAGCCACCGCUGAUGGGGUUCGCCCAUCUGGAGCCGCCCUUCUCCAUUCGCUGUGUCGAGGUCGGCGACGACGACGACACGGGAGAUACGAUAGGCUCGAUGCUGCGCGGCUUCCUGUCUGUGCGCCGCCGCGACCCGGUCACCCGGCUGCCCACAUCGUCCACCUGCUUCAACCUGCUCAAGCUGCCCAACUACCAGAAGAAGGCCACCCUGCGCGACAAGCUGCGCUACGCCAUCCGCAACAACACCGGCUUCGAGCUGUCGUAGCGGCGCCUUCCGGUCAGUCCCGAGCCCGCCUCCCCUCCUCGCCAGUGGCUCCCGCUGUACCCCGUCCCGACCCGACCGGGCCGCAGCGCCACAGACCCCACCAGUCGACCCGACCGAGCCUCGACCUGUCUCCCCGGCCAAGCCACAAUCCGUGUGUAACGGCCUGUUGUUCCUUAUUGGGAAAUUGGCGAUAUUUAUUCAUAGUCGGUUAUGGUUUAUCAUUAACAUUAUUUUCCCUAUUGCGAUCGAAUUCAUCUAUGAAAAAGUUGCGAGGUUUUCAGCUCCGAAUUAAAAUUAACGUGCACUACGGAAUUCAACGAACUUACAAAACCUUUUUGGGUGGCAAAAUAUAUUGAGGAAAGGAUUUGUUUUGCGAGCUACGCUUUACACGUCAUGAUUAUUGAAAAAAAUUACGCAGUUAUGCGAUAUCGAACCAGCAGUAUCCUACAAAUCAUGUGUCGCCAUUUAAUUCGCUUUCCCGGUGGUCCUAGUCCGAAACGGCUGUCCGGAUUGGGUCGCAAGUCGGUCCGUGAUGGUCCCAUCGGCUGGUCCGUCGGUCCACUGGGCUGGUCCUAGCCAGUGAUUGGCUAAGAUGCAAUGACAACUAUUUUCCACUCUCGUCGCUCGCUAACUUCCUUUGGUCCCAUCAGCUGGUCCUCUGGUCCCAUCAGCUGGUCCUCUGGUCCCGCCAGCUGAUUCUCUGGUCCCUAGUCAGCUGGUCUGCACCUGCCCCCAUCAUCUGCCCUCCCCCGGCCUGUUUGUGUCGGCACCGGGCGUCGCUGGGGGGAGGAGCGAUCUCCAGAGGGGCCCCUGUCCCCUCUGAUCGAUGCCACCCUGGCCCCGGGAGCGGGGUAUCCGUCCGCCGGCGAUCGGAGGGGCGGCCGAACGCUCACCGCGCCGGCAGCGGCAGACAGCGGCCGGCGCCGGGCGCCCCUUGUGGCCGACAGGGUACCGCCGGAUGUGUGCCUGCCAUAGAGACGAGUCGGCUCCGUGAGGAGACAGGACACUCGUAUGAGGGAUUGGGGAGACUUUUGAGGGGUGAGGGAGACGUUUCACUCGGACAGUCACGGGCAGUGAGAUGAGAGGAAAAGUGUUCGUUAGACUGGUGAGAGGAGAUUGGUGCUAGAUGUGCAGGGUUACAGGCAGUUCGGUGGAAGGGAGAGUAUCGAGCCGUUCAGAGGAGAGUGGUGCCGGGUGUGCCGCCUGUGGGAGCCUGCAGUGCUGCCGGUAGUCUCGACUGUGAUAUAUAUCGCGUGUGUUUGAAUACGAUCGGCCUGCUGCGCGCCGCUGUCCGAUCAAAUUGUCAGCAGUCGCCGAUCUGAUUCCAUGAUCGUGAUCGUGGUGUUGUAUUCCAGUAUUUUUGUUAGACCUUCCUGACCUACAAUGAUCGUCGUGCUAUGGUAAUGGUGGCAAUAUGUUAUUGAACGCUAUGUGGAUAUUACUAUAAUCUGCCUUUGUGCGGGGCAGUGCGCCGAUGUUUUGUCGUAUGGCCGGGGCAAUAUCGGCGGUCUCUUUCAGUGCCGUGCGAUCCGCCCGUUUUCCGAGCGGCACAGGGCACGACUCCGUGACUUGCGGUGCCGGCUCUUCCCAAGUACCGGUUGACAAACUGGUUUAGAGGCGCGGCAACUGCGAAUAGCCAUGUUAUUGUACUGUGGUACGGUACCAGGGACAAAUGCGGCAGAAGCGCAUUAUCAUGUUAUCGUUUUCCGCGGUAUGCUCUUGUUUUGUGAAAUUCUAAUCUCGGUAAGCUUAUCGUCGUUUGAGUGUUGUCUUUCCUCGUGUCGACCUGUGUGCGACUUUCAAACUCUCGGAGCAUGUUUCCGUGUUUUGUCGCGUAAUGCACGUUUUCCCUUGGUGUCUUCCUCACUUUCCUGGUGCUUGGUGACCAAAGGAGACAGAUUCUCUCCUGGGUAUGGCCUUGUUGAAAGGCCUUCACAUCAGGAUCUAAAUCACUGCAAACUGUCUAGCUGCGAUCUCAGUGUAUGUUUUCGUCUCAUUGUUGUCAUAUUUUGAUGAGUUGUGAACUAAAUACAAACUUCUACGAA